AUGCGCUUCAUCACCUCCGCCCUCGCGCUCAUUCCCUUCGUCUCCUCCCUCGUCUCCGCAACGGCUCUAACCUACAAAUUGGCCGCCAACGAGAAAGCGUGCUUCUACGAGGACAUAUCCAAGGAGAACAGCAAAGUCGCCUUCUACUUCGCUGUUCAAUCCGGCGGCUCCUUCGACGUCGACUACAGCGUAACCUCCCCAAUCGACAAGAUCGUGCUCUCGGGCGAAAAAGAGCGACAAGGCGACUACGUCUUCACCGCGCAAUCCACCGGCUCCUACGUCUUCUGCUUCUCCAACACUAUGUCGACUUUCGCGGACAAGUACGUCGAUUUCGAAAUCACUUCCGAGUCGUCUCCGGGAACGGCAUCGUCGCUGCUGCCCCAGAAAAGCGGCGCGCCUGCGGAACAGCACGACCAGUUGGAGGAUCUGGUGUUCAAAGUGUCGGGCCAGUUAAGCACGGUGAAUAGGAUGCAGAAGUAUUUCAGGACCAGAGAGAAUCGGAAUUUCAGCACGGUCAGGAGUACGGAGAAGAGGAUUUUGCAGUUUAGCAUGAUUGAGGUGGCGAUGAUGGUGGGGAUGGCUUUGUUGCAGGUUUUGGUGGUUAGAUUUUUCUUCCAGGGCGCGAGGAAGGGUUACGUGUGA